UAAACCCUUGAGUUGCACCUGUAACCUUCCAUGAUCCACGACACCCAGCUUUGCCUGACGCGCUUAUGAAGCAACCUCCAUAAAUACUCUUUCUGAUGCCCCUGACACUCGAAAUACCACUCUAUUUGAGCACCGUCUAAGCUCGUGUCGUGAUCGCUAUUUCUUUCUCCUUGGGGUGCCGCUCCCGUCAUCAGACCGCGACACCUCACGCGACCGAGUUCUCCUUCAUCCUGACUGCCCAUCCGGCACAUUCCGUGUCGCAGACUGGCGCAGGGAGUGUGGAGCGCUUGGGAAAUCGGGUGCUUCGAACGAGAAAGGACACACGACCGGAGGCAGUUUCCCUUCAUCGUCAGUUCUUUGAUUGAUACGAAGACUGUGGGGGAUAGGGCGGGGCUGGGGGAGGGGGUACUAAAGGGUGCUGCUGCAUUGUCGGUCAGAAGAAGCGCAUACAUACGUAGAUGGGUCUCUCUCCCUCGACCGUUCUGCUCGCUCUGGCCCUGGGCCUGGGCCUCGCCCCGGUGCGCGUCGUCCGCGCGCAGCCCGCGCCCUCCGUCCAAGCAGGCAUCGCCGCCGCAAUCAAACGCGCGUCCACCGCCUCCGGGCCGCUCGACUACACGGCCUUCGUGAACCCGUUCAUCGGCACCGACAACUUCGGGGACGUGUGCCCCGGCGCGUCGGUCCCGUUCGGCAUGGCCAAGUUCUCCACGGACAUGACGGGGUACGCGCCCGCGGGCUACGUCACGGACCCGACGCAGUUCGUCCGGGGGCUCAGCCCGAUGCACGACAGCGGGACGGGGUCGUCGCUCGGCACGUACGGGAACUUUGAGAUCAUGCCGCUGCUGUGCGCGGGUGGAUUCGACAACUGCACGACGCGCUUGGCGGCGCGCGAGAGACUGCGGAAGCCCCAUACGGACGUGGCAUCCCCGGGGUACUUCGCCCUGACGCUUGACAACGGGAUCAUGAUGGAGGCCACCGCGACUCGCCGCGCAGGCCUCGAGCGAUUCACCUUCCCGCACGGCUCCCAGCCGUUCUUCGUGCUCGAUCUCGCGAACGAUCUGCCCGCUUCGUUCGCAGGGGGCGAGAUGGCGAUCGACCCGGGGAAUGCGCGGAUCACCCUCGGAGGUCACUGGGGAUCGAGCUUCGGGCCUGGCCGGUUCAACUACCAGGCGUUCGCGUGCUACGAUCUGAACCCCAGCGGGAAUCAGAAGCUGGCCGAAUACGGUGUCUGGACGGGCGAUAACUUCGGGCUCGAUGCGAAGGGCCUCGGGCAGACGCAUCUCAACCUCUCGCUGAAUCUGAUCGGCGGAGUCUACGAAAGUGGCGCGCUGUUCUCCUUCGACGGCAACCCGAAGCAAGUCGACAUCCGGGUCGGCAUCUCCUUCGUGUCGACCGACCAGGCGUGCGCCAACGCCGAGUCCGAAGUGGGCAGCUCGUCGUUCGAGGAUAUUCUGGCCCAGGCUAAGAGUCUAUGGAACGACAAGUUGUCGAAGAUUGAGAUCGAUGUGCCGCACACCCCACAGAACGUGACUGAACUUUUGUACAGCUCGUUGUACCGAUCUUCAUUGACGCCAAACAAUGCCACGGGAGAGACACAGGGUGUCUUCGCCGGGACGACGUCCUUCUAUUUCGACUCGCUCUACUGCAGCUGGGACACCUUCCGCACGUUCUACCCGCUGAUGUCGCUGCACUCCCCGGUCGAGUUCGCCCAGAUCGUGGACAACUACAUCGACGGCUGGCGCAAGAACGGCUGGAUGCCCGAAUGCCGGGCGAACAACCUCCCCGGCUGGACGCAGGGCGGGUCGUCUGCCGACGUCAUCGUCGCGCAUUUUGCGACGCACUACCACAACGAGGCCGCGGCGCUGGGCAUCGACCUGCAGGAGCUGUAUUCGGCGGCGUGGACGGAUGCGGAGGUCAAUCCGCCCGAGUGGAACAUCCAGGGGAGGCAGUCAAAUGUAUACAACCAAUUUGGUUAUGUCCCUUUUGCAGUGCUCGACGUGUCCAGCACCGGCCGUCAAACUCGCGAGGGCAGUCGCACUCUCGAAUACGCUUUCGAAGACUUUGCGAUCCGGCAGAUUGCACAGCUCCUAGGCAAGACUGACGACGAGGCGGUCUUUGCCAACCGGUCCUUGAACUACCGCAACGUCUGGGAUCCGACUGUGAAGAGCGACGGCUUCAAAGGAUUUGCGCAGAAGCGAUACAGCAGCGGCAAAUUCAACUUUACAGAUCCGAAACACUGCUCGCCUGUGGACAAUGUCACGACCGAGUGUUCGCUGCAGUCGGACAACACGAAUGGCUUCUAUGAAAGCUCGUCAUGGGAAUAUAGCUGGUUUGCGCCGCAUGACACUGACUACCUGAUCAAGCUCAUGGGCGGUAAUGACACUUUCGUGAAGCGCUUAGAUCAUUUCUUUGCAGCCGGCUACUACGGAGCAGGCAACGAGCCUUCAUUCCAGACUCCGAUUGGAUACCACUACGCGAAUCAUCCCGCAAAGAGCGUGGACCGAGUUCGAGCUAUUGUGUUUGAGAACUUUGACAUCACCCCCGCCGGGCUGCCUGGGAACGACGACCAAGCCGCCAUGGCCUCCCUCCUCGCCUUCCAUCUCCUCGGGCUGUACCCGGUCCCGUCGACGACGCAGUACCUCGUCCUGUCCCCGUUCACCCCCCAAUACACCAUCCACAACGCGUACCUCAACACGUCCACGACCGUCACCACGCUCGGCUUCGACGCGCGCUCCGUGCAGCACACCAUCCCGCCCGGCGUCCCCGCGUACGUCGUCAACGUCACCGUCAACGGCGUCCCGUCGCCCUCGCGCUGCCAUUUCGACUUCUACGACGUGUUCCGCGUCGGGGGGCAGGUCGUCAUCCACGUCUCGGCGGAUAAGAGCAAGGCCGAUAGCUGUGUGGGCGGGGUGCCGGAGAGUCUGUCGCGUGGUGGGUUUACGGCUGCGCGGUGAGAUGAUCCAAGAGUUCCGAGAUCUGUUUUGAGCUUCAAGCGAAUGACAGCAUGGCGCGAUGGCCGAGUGGUUAAGGCGACAGAUUAGAAUGACUCUGCAUCUGUUUCGGUUUCCGAGCGCAGGUUCAAGUCCUGCUCGCGUCGCAUGUUUUGUUCUUUUCGUCUCAUGUCU